ACAACACCAUUGACUGUUGUGAUUGUGAGUGAACUACGAGUCACGGAUCGCACCACAAUAAAAUUCGAUAAUAUUAUUUCUUCAAAGUUCAACUUAAAUAAUUACAACCCAUGUCAGAAAGUUCAACACAGAUAAAUCACAACAAGGAAGAACAAUCCACGACGAAAAUACCAGAUUCGGUAAAGAAAAUUAUAUUAAUGGAAAAAGACAAUGAAGCCAAUGCUAACAGAAAAUCCAGGAUUGACCUCAAUGCUCUACCGACUCGACAGUAUUUGGACCAGACAGUAGUACCCAUACUGCUGCAAGGUCUAUCAGCAUUAGCUAAAGAACGUCCUCCGGACCCGAUAAAUUAUUUAGCAGCUUACUUACUUAAAAACAAAACUACUUUCGAACUUGCCAACUCAGGCAAUAACAAUAAUCAACCAACAAACCCACAAACAUAAGUAUAGCUUUAUUAUAAUGCAAACAAUGAAAGUAGCUAAUCUCAAAGCAAUGACUGGAAACAUUUUGUUGGACACUCAUCUGGUGACAUAAACAGCGAAUGACAAUGGUGUAAAUUGCUCAAAUUUUAUAGUUCUAUUAUUUAACAGACUAGAAAAUAUAUACCAGUUUGCCUUAUAAUAUGCAUAUGUACACUAUAGUUGACAAAAAGAAAAUAUAUAAUCGAUGAAUUGUUAGUAUCUGUACUCAAGAAUAUUUAGUUAUAGACAAAAAGUUGUACUCAUUCUAAAAUAACAGUUAGUCAUAGCGACACCUGUAAAACAAAUCUAUAACAAUUUUCUGUCCAUAAACUAUAAGUAAAAUAACAAA